UGAAAAUAAAAAGACAAAGGAUAGGAAAGUGAAAAGACGAUUCUGACUGUAACAUAAAUUGCGUUUCUAUUGUGCGAAAAUUAAGUAAAAUAACUAAUUUUUGUGAUAUUUACAAAUAAGAAAAUCAGGAAUUCAAAAGAGAAAAUGUCGUACGCAUAUUUAUUUAAAUAUAUUAUCAUUGGCGAUACUGGUGUCGGAAAGUCAUGCCUUCUACUUCAGUUCACCGACAAACGCUUCCAACCUGUGCAUGAUUUGACGAUUGGCGUGGAAUUUGGGGCACGCAUGAUUACGAUUGACGGCAAACAAAUCAAACUACAAAUCUGGGACACGGCUGGCCAGGAAGCGUUUAGAUCAAUUACUCGUUCAUAUUACCGUGGAGCAGCCGGAGCUUUGUUGGUGUAUGACAUCACCCGUCGUGAAACCUUUAAUCAUUUGACUACAUGGCUGGAGGAUGCGCGCCAACAUUCGAACUCAAAUAUGGUCAUUAUGCUAAUUGGCAACAAGAGUGAUUUGGAUUCACGACGUGAAGUUAAAAAGGAGGAGGGUGAAGCUUUUGCACGCGAACAUGGUCUAGUAUUUAUGGAAACGUCAGCUCGCACAGCUGCCAAUGUAGAGGAAGCGUUUAUUAAUACAGCGAAAGAGAUUUACGAGAAAAUACAAGAAGGUGUUUUCGAUAUAAACAAUGAGGCAAAUGGCAUUAAGAUUGGACAACAGCAUUCCCCAACGAAUCCCUCACUGCCGGGUGCUGGUAAUCAAGCUGGAUCGGCUAGUAGCGGCUGCUGUUAAGUGGCACUUCACAGCUGCGGCUGAAGUUAGUGAUUUUUUCUAACAUAUACAAAACCAAUAUAACUAUUAACUAGAUAUUUUCCUUACUUCACAAGUUUAUUAUAUUUUUGUUUAAUUUUGUUUAUGUUGUUUUUUAUUUUAAAUCAACUAAAAGUGAAAUGUGUGUAACGGAAAACCGGCAUUUCAAAAUAUUCUUAUAAUAUAAGAUAUGAACGAAUCUAAAAAACAUAUAAGCAUAUAUCAGUAGAUCAACAGCACGCAAAUAGAAAAUCAAAACCAAAUAAAGUCUUUAAAACUUA